AUCGGCCGUGACAUCUGACCCCGCUGUAUUUUACAGCACCGUUAGAAACAUGUAGGGUACUAACUUACUACAAGGGAACGCUUGAGAGCCAGGUUAUGUUUAGAAAUAAAUCGUUCGAAGGGAUGCCUAACAGUGAGGGCAGUGAUGGAGGUCAGGAGAAUAAAGCAAGAAGCAGGCGGUGUUGCAGAUGUUGUACCUGUAAGUGUUGUUCCAUCGCCACUGCCGUCACAGUUGUCGUGGUGAUUGUUGUGCUGUUAGCUGUUUACUUCGGAUUUGGUUAUCCCAUCCACGCCUCCUGCUCCAUCAACUGGACUUUCCACCAGAACUGCUCGUCUGUAAACACCAGUCUGAUAGCCCAGAUGGAGAAGUGGACAUCCAGGGACAACUGUCCGGAUGGAGGACAGAAGUGUCUCUACACGUUCAUCAGUUCAUCCAGUACAGAGCUGAAGGGGACCCACACCACACCUGUACGUGGUUAUGUUGAUGAUAUGACCUUCACUUUCAUGGACCCCCAGGACUCUCCAACAUGUAAUGUCAAGGCUUUCUCUACCUCGCGGGUGUGGUAUGCCUACCUGGACUUUGGAACCAACUAUUGUAACCUGCGCAACCUGGCGGAGGGGGCGGGGCUGACCUCAAGGUCAAACUUCACAGAGGUCACCAGGGACAGUAUCUGUACACAGUACACCUCCAGGAACUGUGAAGUCUACUGAAGACCCU